AUGACAGUCAACAAUGUCCGUAUCAUUGCCCGGAUCCGUCCGUUGUUGAAGGGAGAGAGUGAAAAGGAUGUUGUGGUAUCUGCCGAAGAGGACGCGAUUUCCAUGCCGAACCCGAAGAACGAGAACGAGAAUUUCACAUUUCCAUUUAAUGCUGCUUACGGUCAGGAUUCGGACCAAGCGCAGCUUUUUUCUGAAGUAUCGCCAACAUUGAAACAUUUAUUCAAAGGGAACGAUGUAACAAUAUUCGCGUACGGUGCCACUGGCAGUGGGAAAACGUAUACCAUGCGGGGACAAAAGCCAGCUUCUGAGCGUGGGAUUAUUCCACGCUUCCUAACUGCAAUAUAUCGUCGGGGAAAGGAGCUUGAGCGCAAAACUGAAGGGGCGACAACGAUCCGGGCAAUCAUGACAUACUACGAGAUAUACAAUGACCGAGUUUUUGAUCUCUUCCAGCCUCCCGAGAAGCGAACCCCUGCUGGAUUGCCCCUCCGAGAGUCGAAUGGAAAAACUCAAGUCGUUGGUUUAAUCGAUAAGGAGAUCAAGUCGUUAAAGGAGUUCGAAGCUUUGUACGAUAAAGCCAAUGCGAACCGGUCGACGUCUGCUACCAAGUUGAACGCGCACUCUUCUAGGUCUCACGCGGUGAUAUGUGUCAAGGUUUUGAUUGAGGACAAAAAUACAGGAGAAAACAAGACGGGGACUGUGUCAUGUAUUGAUUUGGCUGGUAGUGAGGAUAACAGGCGUACGUCCAAUGACAAAGAAAGAAUGACAGAAUCUGCUAGCAUCAAUAAGUCAUUAUUUGUGCUGGCUCAGUGCGUAGAGGCUAUGACUAAGAAACAGAGCAGGAUACCAUAUAGAGAGUCAAAGAUGACUCGUAUAUUGUCACUUGGACAAAAUAACGGCCUCACAGUCAUGAUAUUGAAUCUUGCCCCAACUAGAGCAUUCCAUCUCGAUACCCUAAGCUCUCUAAAUUUUGCAAAUCGGACAAAAAAGGUUGAGUUGAAGCAGGCAGAGAAUGAGCACCCUCAAGGUAAUAGAUCGCGUACCGCAAGGUAUCGAAUGGAAAUACUAAAGUCACUAGUUUCUUUCCCAUCACGGCACGACCAACUCCCUCCAAUGCUAAGCCAACAUGGACCCACACGAGCUUUUGGGACGGCAAAGACAAACACUAUGCAUGUCUCUAACCCCCAAAAGGGCUUCCAGAAAGACAAGGCACCGAAGCCACAAAACCGGGCGCCUUUGGCACCCCAGCCAUUACGUCAACCUUCCGGAAUCAAAAAACCUGUGCGGUCUUAUGAUAAGCACCAUCAGCUCAGUCCUACAAAUAUUGCGGACAUUGUUGAGAAGAAGGUGGAGGAAAUAUUAGCUGCUAGAGCGCUGAACGAGCCGAGGCUCGAGCUGUUGGAAAAGAAACUCGAGAAAAAAGCAGACGCCAAAGCAGAGGGCCUUACCUACAUACUGCUUGCCAAACAGCAUGCAGCAAGAGGUGAAAACUUCUCGGCCCUGAAAAUGUAUGAACUAGCCGUUCCGUACUUCCCGGAAAACGACAAACUCCUGAGGAAAAUCUCCGACUUAAAAGACAAAGAUAAAAAGACCACCACAAUUAGGACCACAAUGAGAAGCUCCUCAGAUCUCACAUCAUCCCUUGACACUACUAAUGGGAAACCCUCAUCAUACUCCUCCAUUCGCCGGGUCUCCGUAACAGAAGAGACAUUUGCACAAGCACCAGCGCCGAUGCCAAGAUCAAAGCCCAAACGAACCUUCGCCGUCUUCUCCGAUAAUAAUAACGAUGUACAACAGCAACCAGUUCCCCGCUCCCUACCAGCUAUCAAAAUGGAGGAAGAUACCGCUUCAGAAUACGAAGACGAUAGAAGCGAAGAGGAAUGGUCACUGAACACGCACCAGACGCCCCGGACAAAGAACCUCUUGAGGAUAAUCAACUCGGAGGAUGUUUCGCAGAUAAUGAAGUUGAAGGGCGUUGGUAAAAAGCGCGCAGAAGCACUGGCCCAGGUUGUCAGAGAGCGUCGUCGGGCGGUUAUGAUGGACGAUGAUGAUGACUUUCCCGCUAUCAAAGAUCUAGAAGAACUCGGGAUGAUAAAGGGUAUUGGGCAAAAUAUGGUGGAGAAUAUGAGGAGUGGGCUUAGUGCUGCUUCAUAG